UAAAAUAUCAUUGGCUGCUUUUAUAAUACGUUUACAUGUAUAUUAAUACAACAACGAUGAAGAAGUCGUUUAUAGCGAUUGUACUGUUGCUUUGGGUACUUGCAAAUGUCUACCUUGUUCUGCACUCAUCAGAUAAUCGCAGUGAAUCAAAGGUUAAAAAUGUGGCGCUACUGAAAGAGUCGUCUCCCAAUGACAAUGAAAAGGACUUGCCCAAACAUUCACUCAAGAAAAGUGAAGAGAAAGCUCAAGAAAUACACAAUCAAAUACACAAUCAAAGACAUUACAGAAUGUCACUAAGACAGGAUUUGGAACAAUGUAGUGUGGGUAUGGGGCUAGACGAUGCUGAUCUACAGGAGGAGAACUUUGAAAAGGCCGUUCAAUUUGCUCUCCAUUUUAUCGAUUUCUACCAAUCAGUGAUUCCAAAAUCGUUUCUAGCAAGUUACAAGAAUCCUUGCUGGUACUCUAACCUGUCUCAAGAUGCAAUAUCCGUGCUAUCUCAGCUUGAUAGCUCUGCUGUGCUUACCCCAAAUUAUCUGAAGGAAUUAACACACCUUGUCUUCAAGAAAACCCACUCUAAGAUCCAACUUAUUUGCCUCCCUUACUUCUUUGUGGCUGGUUUCCCCAAAAGUGCCACAACAACACUCGAUGAAGGACUGAGAAAACACCCCCAAAUUAUUGGCCCAACUAGAAAAGAACCUCACUGGUGGACAAGAGGGGCACACAGUAGGGAAAGCUCCAAAGAUCGUGGAGCCCUUUCAGUCACUCAAUAUUCUCUCUUCUUCCAACCAGUUGCUGAUGCGUUGACAUCUACCUCAGUCUCUAACCUGAUCACUUACGAUGCUAGCCAGUCUACACUGUGGCAUUCACCGUUAACGGGAGGCUUGGACUAUUGUAUACUGCCUGCACUCAUGUCAAGGCUGCUACCCGAUACAAAGUUUGUGGUGAUGAUGAGAAACCCAGUGGACAGGCUCAUAUCUCACUGCAUUUGGAGCUGCAAAUAUCACAAUGGAGAUGACAUCAGACAAUGGCCGCCAGAAGUGCUGGAGAAUGGACCUAAGUUGCUCCACGAUCAGGUCGUGGAAUUAACAAAGUCAUUUGAGAAGUGCACUGAGACAGCUUCAACAUACAAAUGUGCAAGUACGAGAUUUGAAUACGUGUCAGUACGACCAGGUGCAAUAAUCAACCACUCCCUUGGAUUUUCACGCACCCUCAAGAGCAUACCAGUAGCUAAUGAGUGUGGAAAAAUUGGCCAUCGAUUGGAUAUUGGACUCUAUCAUGUACACAUACGAAAAUGGCUCAAGUUUUUCCCAAUGAAGCAGUUUUUAUUUCUAAGAAUGGAGGACUUGAUAAGCGACCCAUUUGAAACCAUGCAAAAGCUGACUGUAUUUCUUGACAUCGACCCAAUUUCAAGAGAUGACACAAAACAGUGGUUCUCAGAAAAAAUAAACAAGCGGACAAAAGAACAAGACUCAAUAUUCAGAAUAAAACCCUCUACUAUUCAACUAUUGAACAGUUUUUAUUCACCCCACAAUGAACAAUUGUCAGAGUUAUUAGGUGAUGACAGCUUUCUUUGGAAUCAUUAACACAGCGUACAUUGUGUAUACAUUUAUCUAUUGAUCAUGAGUUUAUUGCAAGAAUAA